GUCUGUAAGUUCAGUUGAAGAAAGCACCUCACAGCGACAAGAUGGGCAAGUUGAUUCUGUAUGGUUUGGAGGCGAGUCCGCCAGUUCGUGCCGUCAAAUUGACUUUGGCCGCCCUGGAUGUACCCUACGAAUUCGUGGAAGUCAACACCCUGGCCAAGGAGAAUCUCUCUGAGGCGUUCCUUAAGAAAAAUCCCCAGCACACGGUGCCCACUUUGGAGGUCGAUGGCCACUUCCUCUGGGACUCGCAUGCGAUCAUUGCCUAUCUGGUGUCCAAAUACGGAAAGACCGACAGUCUCUACCCGAAGGAUCUCCUCCAGCGGGCUGUGGUGGAUCAGCGAUUGCAUUUCGAGUCCGGUGUGAUCUUUGCCAACGGUCUGAGGAGCAUUACCAAGCCACUUUUUGCCGCUGGUCAGACUACGAUCCCCAAAGAGCGAUACGAUGCGAUUAUCGAGAUCUACGACUUCCUAGAGACCUUCCUCGGUGAUAAUGAUUAUAUAGCUGGUGGUCAGCUAACGAUUGCCGACUUUAGUAUCAUCUCGACUGUGACCUCCCUGGAGGCCUUUGUGGAGCUGGACACGGUGAAAUACCCCAAGGUAUCUGCCUGGAUCAAGCGACUGCAACAGCUUCCCUACUACGAGGAGGCCAACGGCAAUGGAGCUCGGGUAUUCGGAUCCUUCAUCAAGAAGACUAAUUUUACAUUCUCAACUUAAUACUUUUUUUAAUAUAUGCUGAAAAUAUUUAAAAAUAAA